GAUGAUGGUGAUGGCACCUACUGGCCCCUCCCCCCCUACUCCGUGUUCUCUCUCUGUGCAAUGUGCAUGCAUUAGGAGACUGAAGACUGCUGUCGGUACGUGUCCAUCCCAGCUGUAGCUCAACAUGUGCUCGGACGGAGGAGCGACUUCCCAUCCACAGCUGGCUUGCGGACAUGGAUAGUGGCUAAAAGCUCGGCUUCAAGCUCUCUCUCUAGCUCAUCCCUGCGCGAUGGAAGCCCGGCCUGGUGUAUCAUGGGACUCCGUCAAGAGGGUGACAGCUAAAAUAUGCGAGGACUGAAAGGUAGCCAUGGAGACCGACAUAUACACCUCUAACUCAGUCGGCCUGGAGGAGGAGCAGGAUGGUGAUGCAUGGUCCAGUAAUGCAGCAUCACGGUACAUGCCGUACUCUCUCGGGUUCCAAGUGUCUCUCGGUGCCUGCCUCAUGCUGGAGCUGGUGUUGGGUUUCAGCAGCAACCUGACAGUGCUGGUGCUCUACUGCUCCCAGUCUAAUUUAGUGGACUCAGUCAGCAACAUGGUGACGGUCAGUCUGCACGUACUUGAUGUGGCGGUGUGCGUGCUGUGUUUGCCUUUCACUCUGGUGGUCGUGCUGCUGCCCCCGGGGCCUAACCUGGCCGUGCUGUGCUGCUUUCACGAGGCCUGCGUCACCUUCGCCAGCGUCGCCACAGCCAUCAACAUCCUGGUCAUCAGCCUGGACCGGUACGACAUCUCGGUGCGUCCGGCCAACAGGCUGCUGACGACGCGCAGGGCGGCGCUGCUCCUCGCGGCCGUGUGGCUCACAUCAGUCGCUGUGUUUAUCAUCCCACUCCUGGAGGAUCAGUUGUCCAGUGGUGAGGCGACUGGGCAAGAGACGCCUUUGUCUCUGUCCUCCAAAGGCAUCAGCGCCACGGGGGUGCUGGCGUGGCGGAACCGGACCCUGUUGUGCAUUGGUGGGAAGGGUGACCACUUGGGCCUAGGGACAUAUUACCACCUUAUUCUACAGGUUCCCAUAUUCUUCAUCACUGCCACAGUAAUGCUGUUCACCUAUUCCAGAAUCCUGAGGGCUUUAAACUUCCGAAUUGGCACCCACAUGAAGAAGACCCAGAGGUUCAUAGGCCCCUCCUGCUCGGGCGUCCACAAGAAAUCCCCCAAAAAGAAGACCAAGCUCAGAAUGAUUAGCAGUGGCAAGCCACAAGGGGAGCAAUGUACCGCAGAUGCCACGAAACAACUCAGCCACCCUCCCCUCAUACCUUUUUCAUCUCCCACUCCCACAGCAACCUCCCCCCCUGCCCUGUCUUCUUCUGCCCCACUGGUCACGUCCGACGCAGGUGCUGCCACCCCUAUGCCGGCCACAAUGCGCGUCCAGGCCUCCGUGUCAGCCAUCAUUGCCCUGCGGCGCGCAGUGCGGAGACACAGAGAUCGGCGAGAGCGCCAGCGGCGGGUUUUCAGGAUGUCCCUCAUCAUCAUCACCACCUUCCUCGGUUGCUGGGCUCCCCUGUCUGUGGUCAACAUGCUAAUCCUGGUCAUGGGCCCCAGUGAGCCCCUGGUCAGCCUGCGCCUGUGGUUCUUGGCUCUGGCCUAUGGCACCACAGUGUCCCACCCGCUGCUUUACGCCUUCACGCGGCAGAAGCUGCGACGUGCCCUCCGGGCCAAGGUUAAAAAGAGGGUGGUGUCCUUGCUUCAGGUGGACCCUUCACCAGGCGGCACUGUCAUCCACAAUUCCUGGGUGGAAAACAGAAAACACAGCCGGCAGGUGCGACUGGAAGCGAGCGAAGGUUCUGACCGCUGCUUGGCAGAGGCACUGUGAAAUACUGUACAUGCACACGUGCUAGAGUGUUGAUGAUUAAAAACAAGAGGAGAGUCACAGAUGUGUUCCACCCUCACUAGAGCGUGAAGCUAACUGGUGACAAACAUAUUUGCACCUUUGGGAUACGCUUUUGAGCAGUAAGCAGAAAACGGAACGAGCAAUCACCUCGAACGGGAUGUUGUCGUCUCCGUGUGUCGCGCAGCCUCUGCGGCUAAACAAAAAUCACACAACAGCAAACUUUCAAGUGUAUAUUCCGUAAUACAGUAAACGCACAUUUAUGGCAGGAGAUACGUUAGAGACCCACCCGCAAUAGGUGAAAAUCCGCACGACCAUAUAAAAACAAUUCUUUACAGUUUUGCCACACCAACAUGCAUUAAACAUAUUGUAACUUACUAAAACACAAUGACAAAGCUUGGAAUUUAGUCGUCCCACUUCAUGAUAUGGAAACCUACUUUACGCUGUUCACGUAAGCAUUCUUCUUCUCUUGUGCUGUCAAACUCUCAAACGUACUACAUGUUCCAUUCAAACGAUGGUAUGCCAUUUUGUGACUAAAAAACAUCUAUCCAUUGCAGUACAAAGAAUUUGAUCAAUGCCGAAAUGCCUGCUGCAUCCAUUUGUGUGCUGAGUAACAACAAAUCCCAUCCUUUGUAUUCUGUGUAGACACUGCGCUCGAAAGACGCAGGAAAACAGUGAAUGCUAACUUUGCAACUACAGCGUCUCGAUGCUAUGCAAAAAAAGCCACACAGCGAUGCUCAUUUGAGCCACCCACCGUUUUAUGGAGCUUUAAAGAAUCCCUAAUAUUGACUCAUUUUUCUGGCAGUUAAAGCACUGAAGUUUUUCUGGACAUUCAUUUUCUCGCUGUUGUAGAUGGAGUAGGAAGUCACCCGUUAACUAAUUUGCCGAUCCUUGGCGAGAUCGGAAGUAUGUCAUGGACCUGGUGCACGUAGUCAAUACUCACAGGCAUAUAUGCUCUCUGCAAUGUGGGAACACCGAAGAUUAAAAAAGCAAUAUGUGGUAUUGUACUACUGUACGGUGAAGCGUCCUUCUUCUCACUUUUAAUUAGGCUGCUACUCUCCCAGUAGACCUCAGUGCUGCCUGGCGUGUUGCGGCAUGACGCGACUUAAAAAUCAGACUCACUGUAUACUGUAAAAACCCACAAUGAAAGAUCGCCUGAAAAUCUACAAUACAGCGGAGGUGCAAAUGAUGAACUGUGAAAUAGGUGGGGAACAUUGUAUUUGACCCUAUUGGAUGCUGUUUACACGUGGACUUGUAUGCUGGAGUAUUCUCACAGCAGCACUUGCGUAACUGCUCCCAAAAGUAGGCUUAGCCAACAGAUGAUCACGUUUGCCACCCACUCUAAAGCUCAAAGACAGCUUUAAAAGACUGUUGAUGCACCCAAAUGACCAUAUACGUAAAUAUUGAAAGUCCGUUUCAUCUGACCUCUGCCUUAAUGAUGUGCUCUGUCAUGUCGUUUGUCAUGAACACAACAGAAUACCAUUGUAUAUUUACAAGCACACUGAGUGCACAAGUGUGUACUGCAUGAAAUGUGGUGCUGAGCUUUAAUAACGUCAGAGUGUAGGAAGUUUAUUUUCAUAGCGGGGGGCAGAGGAUCAUUAUGAGCAACUGUGAAAUACUAAAAUGCAUUUACCUAAUAUUAAGUUACUAUUGUAUGGUCGGUUGUGACAGUGUUAUUAUUAAAGUGUUCGUGCACCUCCAAUAUGUUUGUAUCUGAUAGUGAAAUGUGUUGUGAUGCUGACCUUCAGGGAGAUGGUCACGUGAAAAAAAAUAAAAAAUUGCUUUAGAAAGCUAGAUGAUGGUUUUGAUUGAAUACAUUUUAAAAUUGAAGCAGAAAGAUUUGUAUAUGAGCACAGAAAUUUUAAAUUGUAAAACCAUUUUUGCCUUGCAUCAUCCAGAAAGAAGACUGUCAUUAGAGAUGACAGUACAAGUGUCCUCUUAAACCGUUCACUGGGUCUGGGUCUGAAGUGCCUGCCCACAACCAAAUCAAUCAUUUGUCUAUGACUAUGUUGAAUGUGUGUCUUUGGCUGGAAAUAAAACAAGAAAUUGGCAAACUAUGUUAGAAGAAACAAUGUUUUCAUUAUUUUGUUUUCCAUUUCCACUAUUUUUCAUAUUCCAGACAAUUGUGCUGAACCAGCAGUCUUUUGCAUCAUUAUAUAAUCGAUACUACCAGCUUUUAAAGCACGGUUCCCCAAUCAUUUGGAAUUCGAUGCCUGCAACACAAAAAAAAGCUAGGAUAGGGGCGUGUUUACCACUGUGUUGCAUCACCUUUCCUUUAACAUUCAAUAAGCAUAUGGGAACUGAGGACACUAAUUGUUGGAAGCUUUGUAGGUGCAAUUCUUUCCCAUUCUUGCUUGAUGUACAGCUUCAGUUGCUCAACAAUCUGGGGUCUAUGUUUUCAUAGUUUGCACUUCAUAAUGCGCCACCCAUUUUUGAUGGGAGUCAGGUCUGGACUGCUGCUGGGCCAGUCGAGUACUGGCACUCUUUUACUAUGAUGCCACGCUGUUGUAAGUAAGAUGUGCAGUAAGAUCACGGACAUUCUAUGGUGGAUUUUGACCUUGCCGCUUACGUUGCAGAGAUUUCUCCAGAUUCUAUGAAUCUUUUGAUGAUGUUAUGGACAAUUUGCUCAUGCAGUUGCUCACAAAGAACCUCGCUCUAUCCUUGCUUGUGAACAACUCAGCCUUUCGGGGAUCCUCCUUUUAUACCCAAUCAUGACAAUCACCUCUUUCUAAUUAACCUGUUCAUCUGUGGAAUAUUGCAAACCGGUGUUUUUUCGAGUAUUCCUUGACUUUUGUUGCCCCUGCCCCAGCUUUUUUGGAAAGUGUUGCAGGCUUCAAAUUCAAAAUGAGAGAAUACUUGCCAAAAACAAUGUUCAUCAGUUUGAACAUUAAAUAUCUCGGCUUUGUAGUGUAUUCAAUUGAAUAUAGGUUAAAAUGGAUUUGCACAUUAUUAUUUAGAUUCCAAUUUGUCAAUCCUAUUUCCAGUAUGACAGUUUAAUUGGUAACGCUUACAUCAUAGUUAAGAUGUAGCUGAAAGUGUUCUUUUGAGGUUUGGAGGAUUGUUUCCAUAAAAUGAUGCAAAUGUAUAUGCUGUAUAUACAAAGUGGAGAAUCAGAAAGUACAGUACCAGUCUUGGCUCACGUGAUCUUAGGCAGACGUUUUGUAGAUUUUGUUUGGGUUCCGGCUGGCGCGUGUCAGAUAAAGGCCAGACAUCUGGUCCCACGGCUCGCCUGCGAACACGACGACCAAAGGGACUAACUGUCACUGCAGAUGAAGUGGUUACUUCAUAGGACCUGUGUUGGCUCUCGACUUUUGUUGCGUGUGGUCG